CCGUCUUCUGGGUGACUCGAGAUCCGAGGGCCGAGAGCAGAGCCGUCUUCUGGGUGACUCGAGAUCCGAGGGCCGAGAGCAGAGUCGUUCUCUGGGUGACCCAAGAUCCGAGGGCCGAGAUCAGAGUCGUAUCCUGGAUGAUUCAAGAUCCCAAGGCCGAGAACAGAGUCGUUCUCUGGGUGACUCGGGAUCCGAGGGUCGAGAGCAGAGUCGUUUUCUGGGUGACCCGAGAUCCGAGGGCCGAGAGCAGAGUCGUCUUCUGGAUGACUCGAGAUCCGAGGGCCGAGAUCAGAGUCGUUCGUUACCUAGCUCAAGGCAUGGAGGUUCAAGUAGAGGCACGUCAGGCAAUCCUGCAUUGCGUGAACUCCUCGAAGCGAUGGUCUCGGCAGAUAAUCGUACCGAUGCCGGUGAAGGAAGCAACAUGGACUCAGCAUCACGGUUAUUAACAACAAACAAGGAAGAGAGCACGCAUUUCCAGAGAUUUUCUUCUGACGACAAACCAGACCUAAAUAAUAGCUUCGAAAACUUUCUCAAUCAAAUCUUGGAUUCACUUGAAGAAGAUACGAGAAAUAAGAGAAAAAUUAACCCUAGUCAUUCGCAUGCGAAUGUUCACCAAGAUGACUUUUCAACCUUCACCGAAUUCGGCGAACCAGCAAAAUUAAUUCAUUUUAAAAAAAUUCUUUCGAUUUCUGCUCUAAGAAAAAGACUUCAAGAAGAACCUGACAGUAAACAUUUAUUUCAUUCGAGUGAUAGAAACAUGAUGAUGAAAAUGAUGAAAGAAUUGCCAAAAGAUCUUAAAAUGAGAUUUAUUUCAUUGCUAGUUAAAUCAGAUCGCGAUGGACUCCAAGAAUUCCUAAAGGAAUUAAUUUCGCGCCACAUGCAAUCCGCCAAAGAAGAUGCACUGCGAUCUAAUAAGCUAAGCCAAAAACAAGGACAUAAUUUCCAAGCUCCUAGAAUAAGGGGGAAGUUCCUUUCAUCCUCCAACCGUAUUAACAUUGAUCAAAAUGACGCCGCACUUCGCUCGGCGCGAUUAAUGUCGUCGGUAAAUUUUGCUUCCCGACAAGGUGAGGCAUCCAGCGGACCAGCAGCGGCACAGGACGGAGGAUUGCUUCCUAAUAUCCAAUCCGCGGUGAUACUUUACAAGGAAACUAUAAGUGAGCCGGGACAAUCGAUGCCGAUCACUCGGAGACAAAAAGAAAAAUCAUCGACUCGAUUAUCAAGCGUUCAUCCUAAUUUGAAUCUUCGUCAGUUCAACCGUAAUAUUGCCGUUCCGAAGCCGGCAAAGCUGCAGCAUUUCUUCAGGCAGUCAUCCGUUUCAGACGCGACGCCAACGCUUGUAAGCAAUCAAUUAUCGAUGAAUCGCAGCGUUUCACUUGCGAAUGAUCCUUCGAAGACCAGUAAUGCGCUCAGCUCUUCCGAGCUUUCCGAGAUGUUAGAACGAAUCAAGAACACUCCGGCUUUCAACAGUAUAGUGGAUAAUGUAAUAAAACUUUUAAAUUCAGAGGAAGGGACGGAGAAGCUGACCUCUGUCCCACCAUUUAACUCUGUAGGAAAAUCUUUACUUGGGUCUGGUUCUAAUGUGAACCAACGUGAUCCUUCGAACAAUGUGAUGCAAAAUGCGCAAUCGGUCCUCAAUAACGCGGUUGGAAUUCCGAUACCACAGCCCGGUGGCACUCCCAUCGCAACAACUGGUUCACGAAAACAGGAAAAUACUCCAAUAAAUAAUUCAAAUCGACCUGUAAAUAUACCUACAGCGCAAGGACAAUUUCAGAUUCCCAGCGGCGUCUUGAAUUCGAAUUUACAAACGAUAGAAAAUCAACUGAAGAAUCAAGUACAACAGGUGCAGGUACGAAGGCCCCAAGCACCAUUAACCGGUAUAACGAAUAAUAACGCAUUCGUGGAUAUCAAACAAGGAAAUACUAGGGUUCGGUUACCGACGUUUGUACCAUCACCGGUUCAAGCAGUAAAACCACAAACAAUUGUUCCUCUGUCCAGUGAUAUUGAAGGCCAACUAUUCGGAAAAGCAAUUGAAAAUUUCAAAGACGAAACUGAAGGAAGCACAACUUCUACUGGCAACUUCGUCGACGAAGAUGACGAUUUCAACAGCGAUUUUCUGAAUUUUGUGCCACUUUCCACAGACAUUCAAGGACAACUAAAUGACGUCCCUCAAAUAACUGCUAACAAGCCUCAAGAAAUAACAGGACAGGUGCUGACCAGCAGUGGAGUUCCACUUCCAAUUGGUCUGGCAGAAGGGACUGCCACAUCAGAUAACUUUGGACUUGCUCUUGCCGACUUUGCUCAGCUGGACCAACAAGUCAAUGGACAGAAUUCGCUCGUCACUAGCAAUCCAGUUGGAAAUAGUCAGGCCCAAGAUAAUGGAGUUGGAGUUCCUUUACCAGGUAUAAACAACGGCGCGCAGCAAACUUCGGGCCUCAUCACGAUGGCUGAUAUUCUCCGUACCCAACCCGGCAACAGCUUCGGAAUUACAGUCCAAUCCACUACAAAUGGACUCCCUCAACAAACUGUUGGCGUUUCUUUGCCGCAAAAUGGAUUGAAUGGCGCAAAUACGCUGUUUUCAUCAGGAGACGAUGAACCCCGUCAAAUAUUAUCAGGAAUUGAAAGCGCAAAUUUCGGCGGUCAAAACACUCAAACUGAUAUAUUUGGCAACAUAAUAGGAAUUCCAUUACCAGACCUGCGUGGUUCUCCACUUGGUUCUGGUAACUUGGCACCGGAAACACAAGCAAACGGGGGACAGGCAAUUGGUUCAGUGGGCGUUCCACUGCCCCCAGUAACUUCCGAGGGAAAUACGCAAGGUCGGAAUAGCUUUAGUUCAGUACAACAAACUGACAUCUUUACUAACCCUAUCAAUCAUCAGUCAAGUCAGUUCCCUGAAUUUAUUUCAGGUGGUAACAAUAGGCCGUCAAUAAGCGGCCACAAUACAGUUGCCAUAGGGGAUCCUCUGCCUUCUGAUGAGUCAAUUUCAGAUACCAGAGGCACCAUUAAUUCAAAUAAUACUCCGCAAACAGAUAUUUUUGGUAAUGAAAUUAAUAUACCCAUUACACAGUUACAAAAUAUACCAUUCUUUGCCUCAAGUGAAGAAAUUCUGCCCCAAGAUGUAGGAGUACCACUACCCACUCUUAGUUCUAGCGACUCUAGUCUGGAUUCAAAAGCCCCAACUGACGCAUUCGGAAACAUUCCGUUGUCGGAGUUACAGAAUAAUCAGGGGCUGAACUUACCGAAAUCACAAAACACAAUAGACGUUGGGGUGCCACUACCAGGAAUAUCUAGUAAUUUCGACGUCUUCGCCCAAACGAGUAAUGUUGACACACCUACUGACACGUCUGCUGUUACACUUGCUGAUGUACAGCCUACACUCGUAUCUACUGUGUCUGAUUCUGAUGAAUCUAUCGAAGCCCUUGACGUUUCCAUUAACACAAAUCUGCCCUCUGACACGAAGCCUGAUUUAGGUAAUUACGAUGACAUUGAUGAGAAAGGAUACCCCAGAAACACGAACAAGCAUCAGCUAGUAACAUUCUUCUCUUCUGGAGUUCUUCUUCCUUUUACUGAGAGAGAAGUGAAGUACGAGAAGAAACCGAUUGAGCCUGAACCGGCUCGACUUGCUCCUCAGUAUAAACAUCACUUCAAAGUCUAUAAAGAAAACGACGUUCAACACGGGAAUCUUGGCCCACAAAACAAUUAUCAAAUGCCAAGUUUGACGUAUACUGUGCCACCUGCCCUUGCUGUCAACACAGCAGCCUCAUGCCUGCAGUCCCGUACGGUGGUCACAACUUCUGUCCUCCUGGUGGACCAGCCGACCAAAGUGACGACCAUCACAGAGCUUCACACCGCCGUGCAGAUGGUCAAGUCCUAUUAUGUCACUCCGGUGACGGUGGCUCGAACCUUCUCAGUCACGGCGACCAACACCAUAACGCGAUACCAGAAGCCGGAAACCGACAAAUACUCUCGACAAAAUGACUAUCACGAACCACCAACUGUUCAUCGACUCCUGGGUAUCCCGAUUGCAGAUCCUCAGCCUGCGUUCGGAAUUCAUCCUGGAGUCUUGAGUUUACUUCACCCUAUAACCCGCUCCUCUCCCACAACGAAGAGACGAAUUGAGUCAGCUUCACCCGGCACUAGAAAUUACAAAAUUUCUAACAAGAAAGGCGAAGAUGGAACUCAAGUUAUUCACUUACAGGGACUGAAAUACGCGAGACGCAAACGUGCAGCCGACUGUGACCGAGACUCGACGCAAGUUGAAAAACUGACAGGUUUUGAGGUAACACCAAAGAACAACAGCAUUAAGUCCCCGUUUAUCGUCACCCGAACUGUGGGCGUGGGACAACGGAUUCCUAAUACGGUCUAUGCCGUGCCGGUCUCGAAUCAUGUUCGUCAGGACUAUGACUUGCCGGCUCAACAUUACGCAACUCCAACACUUCAACAAGAUUAUGCAUUGCCUGAAAAACAAAACCAUGCCCCAGUUCAGCAAGAGGCUUCUGAGUCUGUUCAACAGAACUAUGGACUUCCCGCCCUACAAGAGUAUUCUCCUCCUGUUCACCAGCAAUACUCGCCUCCUGUUCAACAGAAUUACGUUGCACCCGUGCAACAGGAUUAUUCUCCUCCUGUUCAACAGGAAUACUCGCCUCCUGUUCAACAGAAUUACGCUGCACCCGUGCAACAGGAUUAUUCUCCUCCUGUUCAACAGCAAUACAACGCUCCUACACCACAAGAGUUCUCACCUCACGUUCAGAGAGCAUUGUACGUUCCACCAGCCAAGUCAGUGUAUGCACCAUCCAGUACAACUGUGUACAGUACUGUGCUGCAAACCUUGACAACUUUAGUGCCAAGGACAGUUAUUUCAACAAAACACUUCGUUUCUACUGUAAGCUACGGCCAGACCGUAACCACUAUCAGAAGUACGUCAGUGUACUGUAUAAAACCAGAGCAGCGCAGAGGCCAAUAUAAUCAGUAUACUCCUCCAGUAUCACUCCACUCAGCCACUCCACCUUUACCUAUCAGUCCUCAUCGUACUGACUACAAAGGAGAGCCCACAGCCUUUAUUCGACCUACACCACAUAUCAAAGCUGACCCGUCUUUAUACCAGACGUGGGUUGGAGCCCUCGUUAAUGGAAACGAAGGUUAUACCGAUCCUCAUGGAGCUGAGAUGCCGACCAAAUUCAUCCUUCUGCAGAACUUGAGACCGAGAGGGUUUGUACUUGAGGAUGGAUCUAAGGACGGUGGGCUUCACGUGAAGAUAUCUCACAAUGAAAGAAAAUACGGAGGGAUAAUUAAUAGGAAAUUGAACUUUGAUGAUGUUGAUGACGAUAGCUUAGAGGAUGAGGUAGUGCAUGCGAAAACUUUUCCUUUAAUUCAAAGCUCGUUGCGACUUAAGUAGUUCGAUAUACAACCUUAGCGACAUAAGAGUUAUAAGUUAUUUUUUUUUGUAAGCAUAUGUUCUUCUACUACUUUUCUUGAGCUGUAAAUGUAAUAAGUUUUGAUACUUGUCUAAGAAAUAAUGAUUAUGAACAGUUUUUGGGUGAUAAAUUUAGUUCAUUAUAAAAUACAUAUCUGAGAAUUAGUUUUAAUGAAUAUUUAGCUGAAAACAUUAAGCAACAAUGUUGACCUGAGGUGAUGUAAAAUGUAUGCAGACCUCUGAACUAUUCAAAGAAAAAGAACAAUUAAUUUAGAUACCAGAACGACAAUAUUAACUGAAGUGUCGAAGUCACAUUUAUGAAUUACUUCGUAUAAAAUAUAGGUUCUUAAUUUGGAGUAUAAUCUAGUCGAAAUGUGUCAUCCUAAUUUAGGGGAAUAUGGAACAAAUAAUGAGAUAAUCUGAUAAUAAAUUUUCCUAUUUUUGGGCGCCUUUUAAUGCUACAAAUGCAACUGCUCAGUGCAAUUUUUCACAUUGCAUAAACGUAUAAUAUGCAUAUUAACUUUUACAUGUUUUUAAGAUAUUAAUUAAACAUUAUUUUAUUCCAAGUUCAAAAAUGUUUGCGAGCAACAUGUCAUGGGUCUGUACAUGCUCAACUCGCUUGAUGCAGUAUGUUAUCUUUAAUGAUACAUAGGGAUGUUUAAGCUUCAUACAGUAUCUUUCACAUCUAAAUUCCAUGAACAUUUCAUGCAUUUUAAAUCCUUUCAAAUUCACUGCAAGACUAUAAGAAGAUUUUGUGCCAGCCAAUAAAUUUUUUGCUAUAGAAAUUGAUCAAUCAACCAAUAAAAGAAAUCUUUCAUUCACUUUCAUUUAUAUUUAUUGUUUAUUUUUUUUUUUUUGGGGGGGGGGGUUGACAUAAGAGACUAUUUUAUUUCCGAUAAUUCCUUGAAAAAUUAGUAGGCUUAUGAAAUGCCUGUUUAAAUGUAUAAAUUAAAUUACUUAAUUUACUUUCUAACUAGCGAAAUAAUGUAAUUAUGCAAAAUUGAGUCGUGCCAUUCUAGGACAAGAACUUUUUAGUGGAGAAGAGUACCCCAGAAAUCUAGAAGCAUAGGUACUGCAACAAAGGGUAACUCUUUGAUGUUCGAAGAGUGAAGCCAAAACAUGGUAAAUUUCCUGUUGAUAUUUGUAGCCUCUAGAAGAAAAUUAAUUUUAAUACAAAAUUUGACAUAUGUCGGGUUCGUGAUUAUUUUUCUUUGUCGUUAUCUAGUUAGUGCAACAGAAUUUAUUGUAAAUAAAUUAUAAUGAUUAC